UUUUUUUUUCUUCUUUUUAUCUUUCUUUAUCUUUGUAUCCUUUUUAAAUAUAAUAGAUUGAACUUUAUAUUUUAUAUACCACUAUGGAUUCUCCAAUACAGACAUUCUCUCAACAACCUGAAUCGACUCUAGAUCAUACAUCACUUACUCCCGAGCAUUCUCCUACUCAUUCCUUUCAAGAUAAUAGAGAACAAGACAUGGUUGAUAACAAACCCAAUGAUCAAAUAAUACUAGAUUCCAGUGCUAAUACUAUCACUCGGAUCAGUUCACCAUCUUUAUCAGUCUCCAGCAGUACCAAGAAAAGUGGGUUACCAGCCAAUUUUUUCACACAAUCAUCGCCACCGUUACCUAUCAGUCCAUUAUCAUCCUUCUCAUCACAAGCUACAAACUCAAGUAUCGCUACUUAUUCUUCUCCAACUUCAGCACCAUCCACAUUAGAACAUAUUUCUCCACCAAGAUCGUCAUCACCACCUUCAUCACCGCAACCAUCAUCCAGCAGUCCACGACGCCAAAGACGUUCUAUCUCUGUUGAUCGGGAUAUUCGUAAAAAGCUUCAACAUAUGAAAAUGACAUCGACUUUAUGUACCCAUGAUGAUGAUGAUGAUGAUGAUGAUGAUUCGAUAGGACGUCGUCGAGGUCAAUCUCGUCGAUCUAAUUCAAUGAACAAACCUUUGGGACGUCAUAAACUUACAUUGAAUGAUUUUAGUCUUGAGAAGACGGUAGGAACUGGCUCAUUUGGUAGAGUACAUUUGGCUCAAGGUCGAAAAACUGGUCGAUUUUAUGCAAUCAAGGCUUUACGUAAACAAGAAUUGGUGGAUAAACGACAAGUACAGCAUGCCAAUAAUGAACGUGUUAUUCUUCGAUCGGUGGAUCAUGUGUUUGUGGUUAAACUUUGGGAUACAUUUCAAGAUGAUAAUUAUGUAUUUUUUGUGAUGGAUUAUUUACCUGGUGGAGAAUUAUUUAGACUUUUAAGAAGAAACAAGAAAUUUUCUGCAUCUGCAGCAAGAUUUUAUGCCACUGAAGUAUUAUUAGCCAUUGAUUAUUUACAUAGUUUAGAUAUUGCUUAUCGUGAUAUUAAACCGGAAAAUAUCUUAUUGGAUGCUCGAGGACAUGUCAAAUUGGCUGAUUUUGGAUUUAGUAAAAAAGUGACGGAUUUGACUUGGACAGUGUGUGGUACUCCUGAUUAUUUGGCACCAGAAAUCAUUCGAUCUCAAGGUUAUACCAAGGCAGUUGAUUGGUGGUCAUUUGGAGUACUGAUAUAUGAGAUGGUGAUAGGGGAAGCACCUUUUCAAGCUGUGAAUCCGGUGGACAAGUAUCAAAUGAUUUUGGAUGGCAACGUCACCUAUGCACGCGAUAAAAUGGGGAAUGAUCUCAUUGAUUUAUUGGAACAUUUAUUGGUGGUCAAACCCACAGAACGAUAUGGGAAUCUUAAGAAUGGUGCCGAUGAUAUCAAACAACAUCCAUGGUUCAAACAUAUCAACUUUGAUCGUGUUUUACAAUGUCAAGUCAAACCUCCUUAUAUUCCUAAUGUCAAACAUGCUGGUGAUACAUCUUGUUUCCAAACAUAUAGUGAACCAACCACACCUUAUGGAUCAAUUGUUGCCGAUUAUACCGAUGAUGAUGAUGCCGACAAUGACAAUGACAAUUAUGAUACCACCAAUCUACCUACUUUGGAAAAUCAACGUACCUCGGUUGGGGACCCAUUUGCUGAAUUCUAAAAAA